AUGCGCAGCGAAGAGCCACCCCAAUACGACCCGGUUCCAUCACGACACCAGCGCUGGACAUAUGGCUACAGGCUGAUCGACGACAGCGCAGAGGCCCAGGACUACAGGAACACGUUCACCCCGCUCCUAUGCGAGACGAUAGCAAGGUGCCUGAUGCACAAGCAAGAGCACCGCCCGGAUCUUGUCCAGCUCCAACGCAUUAUUACUAAUGCCCUAGGCAACCUGCCACCUCGGCUUCCUGUAAAUGUUGUUCGCUUCUUUGGGAGUGAUGCCCCACCGCCCGUGCCCAUAUAUGCGCCGUUUAGUGACCUUGGCACGAUCGACCCUUUCGAUCCGUAUCCAGGGCUCCGAUAUCUUGAUGAUAUAGAACCCUGGGAAGCGCCUGACUCGCCUCCGCGGAAACGGGUACGAUUGAGCCGUGCAGACCGGUCGUAUCGACCCUAG